AUGGAUGAGAAGAAAAGAUACGCGUGGUUAGAACUGUACAGGGAGAGAAACACCACAACAACCUACGACCAGCUGAACAUAACCGAGCCCUUUAACGAAUUCUUUGAUGGUGUUUUAAAAAUUCAUCCAAGCCCAGAAAUAAAGAGAAUGUAUAUUACAUCUCUGCACUUAAUAGGGUUUUUAACCAUACAGAAGAGAAUUAAAAUGUCCAUAUCAAGAAAGAUAAAAAUAAACCCGAGCGAGGCAAGCAUACUUGAGCUGCGGGCGGAGGAGAUAUUUUGGUGCGCAACAGUCAACAUUCCAAAGCCCUUCAUGUUCUCGGCGCUCCCCGAGCUGACGAUGCCUGGCGAGUUCUACGCGAAUCUGGAGGAAAUCCUGUAUGAGGUCAUCCGACUGAAGAGGGCUGGAAAGAUAUCGCACGAGAGCUAUUCCCAGUACAAGAUACUUAUGGGCGCUCUAAACAACGAGCAGAUUCGGAGCAGGAACACGUUUUUGCGCGACAGGUUCACGUACAAAAUACUGCAUCCUGUUUUCAAGCUGUUUAUGCGGAUGCGGAGAAACGCAAUCGCAGAGAGCUACUACCGAGGGUAUGAAAUGGCGUACUUUUUGAACCUGUAUUACAAAGAAAGGCUGCACGACCCCACGCCAAUCGCGCUGGAGGACAUAGAGUUUUUGUCGGAAAAAACAGGAGGCAAGUCCGGCGAGCACACGCUGGACGAAGACUCUACCGAAAACUACGAAAGAAGAAUAAUUGACCGAAAGUUUGUCCUGAUCAUGCACGCUCUUGUUGGCAGGUUUAUGAAAGAGCUUGACAUGCCCCGAAAAGUAGAGGCCUAUGCCAUAAACGUGCUGCAGGUCUUUCUCCUGAAGGAGCCCUUCCUGGGGUACUUUAAAGACUUCUCUGCGGAAAUAGUCAUUGUGGGCAUCACAUACAUAGCAAGCCAGGUGCACAAGAAGGACAUAAGCGUGCGAAGGAUCCACGAGAUAUACCGGUCCUUUGGGUUCAUAACCACCUUCCACAUACGAGAGGCCCGCAAGCUAAAGGUCUCAAUAGAAGAGGUCAUUCAGAACCUGAUUGUGAAAACAUACAACAUUCUGCUGCCCUGCAUUGUGAAGACCCUCAAAGCGAAGAGCCAGACUCUGCAAAGGGAGGAGUCGCCCAGGAUGGACCAGUCAAGCGCGAAGUACAUGCUGUCGCCACUGUCUGGGCGAAUGAGCCAGAUAGUGCCUGUCCCCACAACCUCAAAGAAAGUCCUUUUCCCCGAGAAAAAGGUAAGGGAGAUCAUGUAG